AUGGCUACACGGCCUGUCUGCGUCCUAUUGCUGCUUCUGUCGUUACUCUCACUCCCAAUGUCUGUCGCCUCCCAAAGGUGCACAAGACCAGGGUACUCGACCGACCCCGUCUGCAUCCAUGGGGCCAACCCCUACUGUGACGGCACGCGUUGUCUGUACGCGUCCUGCUCUGCGGGGUACUACGCUUCCCAGGUACACGAAGAGGGUGUCAUAUACGAUACCCAGACAGCGAACUUAUGCACACGGUGCCCCGGACAAGGGCAGACCACUGACGCACAUGGCCAGACGGGGCUGACGUAUGGGAUUGGCGAGUGUUAUAUCCCAUGUGGGCCGGCAAAAUGUUAUGUCCCUUCAUCAGGCGGUUUGAGCCUUACGGCAAGCCAGACUGGGAUGACACAAUGCGUAAAUUCGCGCAAAGGCAUCUGCGAGUCCACCUGCACGGUCGACGGCACCCUCCCCAUACCUGAUGCCUACACGCUUGGGACAGUUUGCCAUAAAACCCGCUCGAAAAAGCGUAACCUUCCGCUCGCACCACGUGCCUCGGCACGGCACGUGAAGAAGUCAGCUAUUGUUCCUCCAGAUUCCUUGCUUCAAAAGAAGGCUGUCCUACCUAGACCUGCCCCCGUCGCCGCAGUGGGGCAUGCUGGAGCUGGGGAGAAGAGGCGAACGAGCGGGGAGAGGGAACGCGAGCGGGCAAAGGCGGAGAAAAAGUACAAGGUGAAGCUCGACGAGCGAGAAACGGUGCAGGAACCCAAGCUCGAGAAGGCAGCAGCCAUGGGCGCUAAAUUGCGGGGCGCGGCAAGUUACGAACAUGAAAAGGGCCCAUAUGCGCGCGCUCUUGAUUAUCGGUACUGA